GGCGGGCCCGGCCGCGGCCCGCAGAGCCGUCCCCGCCCGCCCGCGCCCCGACCAGCCCGGCUUCGGGCAGCCUCUCACCGGUGUCCCGAAUCCGCGUCAGCCCCAGGUCCCAGCCAUGGCGCUGAGCGAGCCCAUCCUCCCGUCCUUCUCCACUUUCGCUAACCCGUGCCGGGAGCGCGGCCUGCAGGAGCGCUGGCCGCGCACCGAGCCCGAGGCAGGCGGCACCGACGACGACCUCAACAACGUGUUGGACUUCAUCCUGUCCAUGGGGCUGGACGGCCUGGGAGCUGAGUCCGCCCCGGAGCCCCCGCCGCCCCCGCCGCCCCCGCCGCCCCCGCCGCCCGCGUUCUACUACCCGGACCCCGGCGCGCCGCCUCCCUAUGGCGCCCCCGCGGGCGGUUUGGUGUCCGAGCUGCUGCGGCCCGAACUGGACGUGCCACCGGGACCCGCGCUGCACGGUCGCUUUCUGCUGGCGCCGCCGGGCCGCCUAGUGAAGGCUGAGCCCCCCGAGGCGGACGGUGGCGGCGGCGGCUACGGCUGCCCGCCCGGCCUGGCCCGCGGACCACGGGGCCUCAAACGCGAAGGCGCCCCCGGCACGGCAGCCGCGUGCAUGCGAGGCCCCGGGGGCCGGCCCCCGCCACCGGCCGACACGCCACCGCUCAGCCCUGAUGGCCCCGCGCGCCUGCCUGCACCCGGCCCGCGCGCCCCCUUCCCGCCUCCCUUCGGCGGCCCGGGCUUCGGCGCGCCCGGGCCCGGCCUGCAUUACGCGCCGUCCGCGCCCGCCGCCUUCGGUCUCUUUGACGACGCGGCCGCCGCCGCGGCGGCUCUGGGUUUGGCGCCACCCGCCGCCCGAGGUCUCCUCACGCCGCCUGCGUCUCCGCUGGAGCUGCUGGAGGCCAAGCCCAAGCGCGGCCGCCGGUCCUGGCCGCGGAAACGCACGGCCACGCACACCUGCAGCUACGCGGGCUGCGGCAAGACCUACACCAAGAGCUCGCACCUCAAGGCGCACCUGCGCACGCAUACAGGCGAGAAGCCCUACCACUGCAACUGGGAAGGCUGCGGCUGGAAGUUCGCGCGAUCGGACGAGCUCACGCGCCACUACCGCAAGCACACCGGCCACCGGCCCUUCCAGUGCCACCUGUGCGACCGUGCCUUCUCGCGCUCCGACCACCUGGCGCUGCACAUGAAGCGGCACAUGUAGCCCGGACGCCCCCCACCCCCACCCGCGCGCGGCCGUGGCGGGUCCCACGCGCCGGGCACGGCCCCCUUCCAAACUGUGACUGGUAUUUAUUGGGCCCAGAGGACCGGGGCCGGGCACAGCGUGGCCACCGAGGGGGCGCCCCUCCCCGCCCGCCCCCCCCCCCGCCCCCACGAUGCCCGACCCCCAGCAGAGACUGAAGGCCCGGUGGGAGAAGACCACGAUCCUCCUUGACGAGUUUUGUUUUCAAAAUGGUGCAAUAAUUAAGCGUCGUCUUCCCCCAGCCCCACCGGGUCUACACUAGAGGAUCGAGGCUUGAUGCCUUGUGAAAAAUAACGCCUUAACUUGUACUGUGCAACGUUUUUUUAUAAUAUUGUACAUAGAAACUGUGACAUAUUGUAUUAUUGUAAAUAAGACAAGUGGGCAUUUUGACUACCUAGUAGAACAUUUUUAUAAGAUUUUGCUGUUUUUUUUAAUUAAAAAAAAAAGUUUUGCAUCGUUUGAAAAAAAAA